AUGGAGGCUGAGCUCACCCAACUGCGCACAGAAGUCAAAGUGCUGCGAGACAAGACACUCAACACCAGCCUCAACGAGUCCUUCGACGACUCCGCUCUGCGUGAUGAGAUGGAUAGCAUGCGCACCGAAAUGGACGGGAUGAAGCAGCAAAUGUGGGCAGUCGAGGCAAAGGCGCUAGAGAGCGACAACCGACUGGCCGAAGUCACAAAAGAGAACGAACGUCUACAGAGUGCACUGGAUAGGGUCACUUCUGAGUAUGAGAUGGUGCGUGUAAAUGACUGUAAAUGA